AAGUCGGAAGCGGUAGGCGAAGCCUCGCGAGGGUUGCGUUUGCGCGCGAACUCCGAGGCCGGCGCCGAGCUCGGUUCCCGCGCGCCUCGGUCCCGCCAUGGAGGCCUCGGCGCCUACGCUGCAGCCCGCGGCCGCACGGCUCCGCAACCUGCCCUGGGUUGAAAAGUACCGGCCGCAAACACUGAAUGAUCUCAUUUCUCACCAGGACAUUCUGAGUACCAUUCAGAAGUUCAUCAGCGAAGACCGCCUGCCACACCUGCUUCUCUAUGGUCCUCCAGGGACAGGAAAGACAUCCACCAUCCUGGCCUGUGCUAAGCAGCUGUACAGAGAGAAAGAAUUGGGCUCCAUGGUCUUGGAGCUGAAUGCUUCAGAUGACCGCGGAAUCGAUAUCGUUCGGGGACCAAUCCUGAGCUUUGCCAGUACAAGAACAAUCUUUAAGAAAGGGUUUAAACUCGUUAUCCUGGAUGAAGCCGAUGCCAUGACUCAAGAUGCCCAGAAUGCUUUGAGGCGGGUGAUUGAGAAGUUCACGGAAAAUACCAGGUUUUGCCUCAUCUGUAACUAUCUGUCCAAGAUCAUCCCUGCCUUGCAGUCCAGGUGCACGAGGUUCCGAUUUGGUCCCCUGACACCUGAACUCAUGGUUCCCCGCCUGGAACAUGUUGUAGAAGAAGAGAAAGUUGAUAUAAGUGAAGAUGGAAUGAAGGCUCUUGUCACUCUGUCCAAUGGGGACAUGCGAAGGGCUCUGAACAUUUUGCAGAGUACCAAUAUGGCCUUUGGGAAGGUGACAGAGGAGAGCGUCUACACUUGCACUGGGCACCCGCUCAAGACAGACAUUGCCAACAUUCUUGACUGGAUGCUGAAUCAAGACUUCACCACAGCCUACAGAAAUAUCAUGGAGUUGAAAACUCUGAAGGGCUUGGCGCUACAUGACAUCCUGACUGAGAUUCACUUGUUUGUGCACAGAGUUGACUUUCCAUCUUCAGUUCGGAUACAUUUAUUGACCAAAAUGGCAGACAUUGAGUACAGACUUUCUGUUGGCACUAAUGAGAAGAUCCAGCUGAGCUCCCUCAUUGCUGCUUUUCAAGUCACCAGAGACCUGAUUGUCGCAGAGGCCUAGGUGCUCCAAGGCCUGCUGGCCAGGUCUCAGGGCCCACUAAUGACUGCAGAACAGAGGACUUGGUCAUGGAUUGAAGUGCUGCCCUGGGCCACCACAUGAAGCCAGCUACCCCAUCUCCCCAUUCCAGGCAUGGGUGGGCAGACAUAGACAACACUCUGGCUGUUGGGAGCAAAGUUGUACAAAGGGACUUCACACCAUAAUGUCUUACCUUUUAGAGGGGAAAAAACUGUUUUUGGCUCUGUAGUUGCUGAGAUGACAGGAAAUGUCCUACCCCAGUUUGGUCUGGAGCAAAGGUGCUCAGAUCUAAUGCAAGUGUUGUCUAACCCCAGGUCAGUAUCUCCAAUUUGUGAACCUACUCUUUUGCAGUAUUUCUGUAUCUGCUUAAAUCAGUCAGUACUGAUGGGUUUCUGAUGAAAGUUAUUAUGCUACAAAGUUUCAAAACUGGUCUUUUUGCCUGAAAUGGUAAUAUGCCUAUAAUCCCAGCACUGGGGAGAUGGAGGCAGGAGGAUAAACACUUGAGUUUGACUGUCUCAAAAACAAAUCUCUUGAGAGAUCAAGGCCAGCCUAGUCUACAUAGCAAGUUCCCACCCUUGUUUCAAAAAAUAGAAUUUAAACAAAAAACCUGAUAUAUUUUCCGUCUUAAAAUAAGGCUUACCAACAAAUUCUAAACACUAUUGUGGAAAGGAAAGAAACUAAUGUUGUUAGCCUUCAGACUAUACCUUUGGGCCAGUAGCUGUAUAAACUUCACUUGGUCAGUUUGGGUACUGUGUGCUACAUUUAUGCCAUAUUCCUCACAGAAUAAAGUGUUUGCUCGCUUCAUA